AUGCUCCACCAACACGCUCAAAGCGGCGGCGGUGGCGGACACGAAGAACACUACCCUCAUCAUUUCCCUGAAUACAAAUACGACUACGCAGUGAAAGAUUUCCACACCGGAGACCACAAAAACGCCUGGGAACAUCGUCACGGAGACAAAGUCUACGGAGGUUAUAUGCUAAAAGAAGCCGAUGGCACAAUCCGUGUCGUAGAAUACGAGUCCGACAAACACAACGGCUUUAACGCGAUCGUGAAACACUUAGGAAAGGCCGAACACCCACAAAUCUACGGAAAAUACGGUGGCGGUGGUGAAGGAGGUUCCCAAGGCGGACAUUAUUAA